AUGGCGACCCAAAACGGCAGCGUCACUCUGGACGAGGCUGCAACUGAGCAGCUCGCUGAGCAGCUUCGCGAGCUCAGAGUGAAGGUGACUCAAAAUGCGGAGAAAGUGCGGCUGCUGAAGCAAGCCAACGCGCCUGCAGCUGAGAUCGCCGCCAGCGUGGACACCUUGGGGCAACUCCGCGCGCAAGUCACCGCGCUGGAGAAGCAGUUCGAAAGCACGCGCCCUCUCUACUACCAGCUUCGCUCGCAGUGCGAAAAUCUGCUCAAGCGCCGCUUCUUCGUCGUCCCUUCCUACGAAAUCUACGGAGGAGUCGGGGGUCUGUACGACUUCGGGCCGCCAGGAUGUGCCCUGAAGGCCGCUGUUGAGCAACUCUGGCGCCAGCACUUCGUGCUGGCUGAAGACAUGCUUGAGGUGUCGGGCCCCUGCCUCACACCCCACAUCGUUCUUAAAACCUCAGGGCACGUGGAUCGCUUCACCGAUCUGAUGGUGAAGGACACAGUGACGAGUGACUGCCUCCGCGCAGACAAGUACCUCGAGGAGAAGAUCGAUGAGCGCCUGAAUGCGAAGGAAGGCAUCUCGCCCGAGGAGGCUGAGCGCCUCGCGCUGCUGCGGCGCCAAGCGGACGCGCUCUCGGCGGAGGCGAUGAAGGCCGCGCUGGAGGAGUUGAACGUGAAGUCGCCUGCAGGCAACCCGCUGUCCGACCCCUUCCCGUUCAACCUCAUGUUUGGCCUCAAGAUUGGCCCUAAGGACGAGGGCGGGGCGGGCGAAAAUCAGCUGCAGGACGCGCGGGCGAAGGGCGCGGCGGCGGCGGCGGCGCGGUCGGCGGAGGGUCGGGGGUACCUCCGCCCCGAGACGGCUCAGGGCAUUUUCGUCAACUUCCGGCGCCUGCUCGAGUUCAACGGCGGGCGCAUGCCGUUCGCGGCGGCGCAGCUGGGGCUGGGUUUCCGCAACGAGAUCGCGCCGCGCAACGGCCUGCUGCGCGUCCGCGAGUUCCAAAUGGGCGAGAUCGAGCACUUUGUGCAUCCGGACCACAAAGAUCACCCCAAGUUUCACUUAGUCAAGGACCUGAAGCUGCCGCUCUUCUCGCGCGAGAAGCAGCUGAGCGACGGGAAGGUGCUUCGCGACAUGACGGUCGGCGAGGCGGUUGCGAAGAAGAUCAUCGACAACGAGACGCUCGGCUACUUUCUGGCGCGGACGUUCGUCUUUUUGACGCGCUGCGGCAUCGCUGAGUCGGGGCUCCGCUUCCGCCAGCACCUGACCUCCGAGAUGGCGCACUACGCCAAGGACUGCUGGGACGCUGAAGUCGAGUGCAGCUUCGGCUGGAUUGAAGUCGCGGGGCACGCCGACCGGUCUGCCUUUGACUUGUCCAAUCACUCCAAGGUGAGCAAAGUCGACCUGGUCGCCUUCCACAAGUUCGAUUCGCCCAAGAUCGUCGACUACGUCAAAUACACCCCCAACAAAGGCCUCUGCGGCAAGACCUUCAAGGAACGCCAGCAGGCGCUCCACGAGGCGAUCGAGGAGAAGAGCGACAGCGACAAGCUCGCGAUCGAGGCAGCGCUCGCGGCUGACGGGAAGUAUGCGCUCACGCUGUGCACCGGCGAGACCUUCGAGUUGACGCGCGACAUGAUGAAGUUCGAGAAGACGACCAAGAAGGUCAGCGAAGAGGCCUUCGUGCCGGCGGUCAUCGAGCCUUCUUUCGGUAUCGGCCGCAUCCUACACUGCAUCAUGGAGCACGCCUUCCGCUCCCGCGGCAUCGUCGACCAGGAGGAGCGCUGCUACAUGGCCUUCCCCGCCAUCAUCGCCCCGACCAAGUGCGUCAUUCUUCCCAUCAGCAGCAACCCGAGCUUCUCGGAGCUGCUCCAGAAGGUGCGCGACGCGUGCGUCUCGCGCGGCAUUUCCGCAAAGAUCGACGCCUCCACAGCCAGCAUCGGCAAGCGCUACGCCCGCAACGAUGAAGUCGGCACGCCGUUCGCCAUCACCAUCGACUUUGACUCGCUCAAAGACGAGUCCGUGACCGUUCGCGAACGCGACUCGAUGGAGCAAAUCCGCGUCUCGCUCGCGAAAGCCGUUGACCUCGUCGGCAGAAUGAGCCUCGGCACCCUCGACUGGCAAACUGUCAAGCAGACGCAUGCUCUGGUCGACGUCAAGGAGGCCUAA